AUGUCAUUAAAACAGUUGAGUUUGUAUAAUGGAACAGAUUCAUCACUCCCUAUAUAUAUUUCAGUCAAUGGAACCAUAUUUGAUGUCACCAAAAGCAAACAUAUAUAUGGACCAGGGGGAAGAUAUCAUAUAUUUGCUGGUCAUGAUUAUUCACGUCUUUUCGUCAACGGCUGCUUCAAAAAAAGAGAUCAAUGGACGUUUGACCUCAGAGGAUUGGAUCGACAGGUAGUCCAAUCAACUUUGGAGAAAUGGUCUCAAUAUUUUACUAGGCACCCAGAAUAUUGGAGAGUUGGUUGCGUAGAUUUCCCAUCAUUAAAAGAAAUAGAGCCACCAGAAAUAUGUGAUGAUGGACUCGUCUAUCCUGGCUUUUAA